AUGUCCGCCGCGCCUUUCUUUUGGUCCACCCCCCUCAAAUACUGCCGCUGGGCCGCCCGCGAGAAGCCCGCGCUCUUCUGGUCCGUCGUCAUCGGCGCCGCUGGGCCCCUCGCUAUGCCCAUCGGUCCGCCCAUCCGCCGCUGGCUCGGCGACGUCGAUCCGGCCCCGGUUCCCGUCACGUAUCCCGUCCCUACCGGGCCUCGUAAGCAAUUGACGGGCUACGACGACGAGUAA